GAUUGUCAGAAGGGCUGAAAAUGAGAUGGACUUACCAUGAAAGACACAAAGCUCUGGGUGAUGAGGGCUGCAGAUGAACACAGUGUUUACCUCAGAGGAUGGAUGUGAGUGAGAACAGCGUUUGUGACACAGGGGGGGAGCAUUCAAAUUAUCCCAGAAAGGCGACAAAGCAGGUGGGCCACAGCUGUAACCUGCAGAAAGAGGUGGACAUGAAUUACUCCUACAGUCCUCCUGGAAACUCUGCUGGACCUGCAGCAAAGCAGGAGCUUCCCACAGAACUGCGGUGUGGAGACAAAGAAACCUGUGGCACCUACUGCCAGGAACGAGUGCAGAGUGAAGAUGAGGAUUUAGAUCGCUGUUCCUCUGAGCACCCCAGGAAACCACGGACGACAACAAAACUCGGUGAGGACAGCGGAAGCGCCGCUCUUGGGGAUGUGUUUGGUGAGCAGCUGGAGCCUGUCCCCAAGGAAGCUCUGCCACAUCAAUGCAAGAAAUGUGGCUCCUCUUUUUGCGGCGUGCGAGAGCUUCAGGAGCACAGGCGAGCUCACCUGCUGGCAAACUCCUACCGCUGCCCCAUCUGCGCCAAAGCCUUCACCCGCGCGGCCAACCUGCGCAUGCACAAGCUCAUCCAUUCCAGCCAGAGGCCGCACAAGUGCCCGGAGUGUGACAAGGGCUUCAUCCGCACCGCCGACGUCUGGAGGCACCUGCGCAACGUGCACAAGAUCGAGCGCUCCAUGGUGAUCCUGGCCAACGGCAUGGCCAGGAACCCCUGGUCCGUGGUGCACCGCGGCCAGCACGAUGCCGAGUGCCCAGAUCAGGCUUGCUCUGGAAACCCAAAGUCUCGGGAAGAUGACUUCAAACCUUACGCCUGCCCGACGUGCGGGAAAGGCUUCGAUAAACCCAACCUGCUGUCCAAGCACAAGGUGAUCCACCGGGAGGACAAGCCCUACAAGUGUCAGGAGUGUGGCAUGGCGUUUGUGCAGCUGCUCAGGCUCAAGAGACACCAGCAGACUCACUCCGGGGCACGGCCCUUCUAUUGCGAGGAGUGUGGAGGGACCUUCACGCGGCUGGCAUCGCUCCAGCGCCAUCAGCGCAUCCACACCGGAGAGAAGCCCUACUCCUGUAAUUUGUGUGGCCAUUCCUUCACCGAGUCAGGGACCCUACGGAGGCAUGAGCGCACACACAAGUUGGACAAACCUUAAUUUGAGGUCUCUGUGGCUGCUUUGUACCUGAACGAGGUCUGCUCAGCUGGGCUGGAAAAGCACCCCAUGGUGUGUGCUCUGCCCAGUCCAGACCCGCUGCCCAGCAGGGAAUGCUGCAUCACAGGGAGCUCUGGAACUUGUACUGGGAAGGAUUGCACUGCCUGGCUUUAAAGUGCUUUGUAUGAGAAAAUAACCUAAUUACCCCUGAGUAAUGAAAUGGGAGACUUGAGGAGACUGAAAUCACUCCCAUGUGCUUGAGCUGUCUCUGCCGGACUGGCGAUGCAUCCGCUCGAGCUUUGUGCAGGAUGUGCAAGCAGAGGCUGUGAGAAUUCACUGGAUAAACUGGCCCUGCCCUCUUGAGAGUGAUGGCUCUUUGACACUGGGUUUAGAGAUCUGUUAACUCACUAAGUUAGAACAGCCCAGAGUUGUCCCUCUAUCCUUUCUUUCCUUGUAUUUUGCUGAGUUUUUCUUUCUGUUACAUUUCGUUUUAUUUGGAAGGGGAAGUACCGUGUUGGUUAUUAAAAAAACAAACUCCACUUACAUACCAGUUCCUUAAUAAACACAACAGUUACCAGCUGUAUUUCAGAAUGUUUCUAUCUAAGGGAGUACCAAUACUUCAUGCACUUACGAGUGAUGGGUUGAAUGUCUGUUAAUAAUGGGGAAAGCUUUAUUUUGACUAUGGUAGUGCAUGCUCUUGGGGUGACAUUUGUGUCUCUGAUGGAACCAUGCACAGGAUACCAGCUGAGUGGAAGAAAAUAUUUGAAGACACAAAAUUCAGAGAGCAAAAGACCAAAUUUAAGCCACCUUUGCUACUCAUUGCACAGGAACCUCCUUAAUUUAAAUGUUUUUGCACAUAGGGAAGCUUCCCAUAACAAAAGCAUGUUCUGUAGUGUGUCAAAGUCUCUUUGACUCUUCACUUUGAUUUAGAUUCAAAUGCCAAACUACCACAGUUAGUGAAGAAAAAUUUCCUUAGGAUUUAGCCUGACAGACUUGGGCGGGUGUUGACAAAUCCUCCAAGGCUGUAACUUUCAAGAGGUGUGUAAUGCCUCAGUGUCAGCAGUGAAACUUUGAAACUUAAUAAUGACUUUAAAUCUGCUGUUAACCACUGUAGUAGAAGCAUUCAGUUUGUCCUGAAGUUGCAGCCUGAAUUUCUUUUCCAUUAAGGUUUUGCUUAUUUGCUUCCUUUUUCCUUACUGGCUGCUGUAAUUUCAUUAAUUUCUUUCUAGGGCUUUCUGCCUUUUCAGUGGAAAGUUGUGCAGCAGAGUGAAGGUAAAACUCCAGGGUAAUGUACCUUUGCAUUUAUUACAAAUGUAUUUUUAAUGCAUUUGCAACAUUUAGUAGUUAUUUAAUAUAAAGUACUGAUUGUGCCAUUUGUUUCUGUAUCUUGUAGAAUAAAAAGGGGAUGUUGGCAGCUGAGCAGGAA